AUGGGAGAAAUGUAUGAGGAAGAGGUAGUUGUUGGAGCUCUACAUAAAGGAGAGGUGGUAGACAAAAGGCAUGAGGAAGAAGGAGUAAACCUCAAGGAACCCAAGAGGAAAGCCAUAGUUGAUGAGUCAAUUCCCAUUUCAUUUCCUUCUAUGGUGAAGAAAGCAAAGAAGACACCAGAAUUUGAUUUGGACUUGCUUCAAGUGUUCAAAAAGGUCGAGGUGACCAUACCACUCCUUGACGCUAUCCAACAAAUUCCCAAGUAUGCAAAAUUUUUGAAAGACUUGUGUACACACAAGAAUAGGUUAGGAGAAUUGGAGACACUAUCCUUGGGUAGCUCGAUUUCUUCCUUGAUGGAACCUAUUCCAAGAAAAUGUGGUGACCCUGGACCGUGCUUAGUGUCUUGUCGUAUUGGUGGAUACACUUUUCAUGAUUGUAUGUGUGACUUGGGAGCUUAUGUAAGCAUCAUGCCGCUGUCCAUCUAUGUGCGGUUGAAUUUAGCUCCAUUGAAGAAGUCGGUGGCGAGGUUUGCCUUAGCCGAUAAAAGUGUGAUCACAGUAAUGGGAAUAGCUGAAGAUGUACUCGUGGCAAUUAAGGAUUUGGUUUUUCCGAUUGACUUUUACAUCCUUGAGAUGCCUCCAACGGAAAGUAGAAGCUCAUCUUCCGUCCUACUUGGUAGACCCUUUCUCAAAACCUCCAAAUUCAAGUUGGAUGCCUUCACCGGUAUAUAUUCUUUUGGGGUUGGAGACAAGACUAUCAAGUUCAAUUUAGAGGAAGCCAUGAAACAUCCUCCUGAAGAACACUCCAUGCUCCGAUGUGAUAUGAUUGAUGAAGUGGUAGCGGAAGUGCAAGAAGAGGAUCAUGAAAAAUUGUGCUACCCCACUAUUGAGGAGAUGGAUGACCAAGAGGAUGAACCUGAAGAAGUUGUCAAGAGUGAACUCCAUGAGCUUGAUGGAAAAGAACCUCAUCUUGAAACAAAAAGUGAAUUGAAGCCCCUUCUAUCUCAUUUGAAGUAUGCUUUCUUAGAAGAGAACCAAAGAUUUCCGAUCAUUAUUGCUAGUGAGCUCUCAAGUGAAGAAGAGGGGAAGCUCCUAGAUGUUCUCAAGAAACACAAGAAAGCAAUAGGAUGGAGCCUAUGGAUAUUGUGGGAAUUGACCCCCGCAAGUGCAUGCAUAGAAUAUUUCUCCAAGAUGGAGCCAAGCCAGUUAGGCAACCGCAAAGGAGACUCAACCCCACCAUCCUCGACGUAG